ACCGCAGUGCUUCCCUACAAUAGAGGUUGCUUUAUCCACUGUGGGGAGGUUACCCCUAUCAAUCAAUUUUAUUCAAUUCCUUUCAUUUUUCUAUCAUUCUGACUGGUGCAUUUUUAAAUUGAGUUUUUAUUUAAUUUUGAAACUUAACAGGGAUCACUGUGCGAAAGGAGACCAGAAAAGGGGAAUAAGUUUUAGAAUGUCCUGCUCGACAGGGAAACUCUUAAUUUCCCUUUUUCUACUCUUAGUAGCCUUUGCUUCAAAAUGCAGUGGAAACCAAGCAUCAAAGGUAGUUUGCUACUUCAGUAAUUGGGCAAUUUAUCGACCAGGAAUUGGAAGUUAUGGAAUAGACGAUAUUCCUGGUGAUUUAUGCACUCACGUCAUUUAUUCAUUUAUUGGUGUGAAUGAUGCUACCUGGGAAGUUUUAGUACUCGACGAGGAACUUGAUGUCGGGAAAAAUGGAUUCAAAAAUUUUACAAAUCUUAAGCUUAAGCAUCCUAAUCUAAAGACAGAAGUUGCUGUUGGUGGAUGGGGCGAAGGUGGAAAAAAAUACAGCAAUCUUGUCAGUGUCAAAGCAAGACGUGAUAUUUUCAUUCAAAGCGUUAUUGAAUUUAUGAAGACAUAUAACUUUGACGGUUUCGAUUUGGAUUGGGAAUAUCCUGCAGCAACUGAUAGGGAUGGUAAAUUCUCAGACAAAGAUAAUUUCUACUUUUUCGUGCAGGAACUUAGAAGGGCUUUCGAUAAUGAAGGAAAAGGAUGGGAAAUUACAAUGGCAGUGCCUUUGGCUAAAUUCCGUCUCCAAGAAGGUUAUCACGUUCCAGAACUUUGCGAAUAUGUUGACGCCAUCCAUGUGAUGGCAUAUGAUCUUCGAGGAAACUGGGCUGGUUUCGCAGACGUACAUAGUCCACUUUACAAAAGACCGCAUGAUCAAUGGGCCUAUGAAAAAUUGAACGUGAACGACGGUCUGAUGCUUUGGGAAGACAUGGGAUGUCCAGCGAAUAAAUUGGUAGUUGGGGUCCCCUUUUAUGGAAGAACUUUCACAUUGAGUAACAGCAACACCAAUUACAAUAUGGGAACUUAUAUCAAUAAAGAGGCUGAUGGGGGAGCUCCUGGAAAAUAUACUCAGGCUAAGGGUUUCCUGGCUUAUUAUGAGAUUUGUACAGAAGUUAAUGACCCUGAAGCUGGAUGGACAAAGAAAUGGGAUUCUGUUGGAAAAGUUCCGUAUACCUACAAGGGUAAUCAAUGGGUGGGAUACGAGGAUAAAGAAAGUAUUGAAAUAAAAAUGCACUUUAUCAAAAAAAAGGGCUAUGCAGGAGCGAUGAUUUGGGCCCUCGACAUGGACGACUUUAAGGGUCUUUGUGGAAAACCUAACGCCUUAACGCACAUUUUACACGACAAUAUGAAGGACUACGAAGUUCCUGAGCCCACUCAUAAACCUCCACCCAGGCCUGAAUGGUCAAGGCCACCAAGUACGACACCCAGUCCUGGUUCGGGACAAACGAAACCUCCAACACAAAAACCUCAAACACAAAAACCCUCAACAACAAGACCACCUUUAACGACCCCUUCAAGAGAAACUGAGGAAACAACUCCCCGUCCAACUUGGUCAGAAAAACCGACUUCGACUCCAAACCCUAUUGGUGAUAUUGAUGAAAAUUCGAAUGAAAUUCAGUGUGGAGAACAGGAUUUCAUGCCUUCAAGAUUCUGCACUUCGUACUACCGCUGCGUUUACGGUAAACCAUUGAAAUUCCAAUGUCGAGAUGGCCUCCUGUACAACCCCGAAACAUUCCUCUGUGAUUGGCCACAAAACGUGGAUCGUGACAACUGCAAAAUGUGAAAAAAGUGAGAAAAAAAACAAAUAAAAUCAAACAUGGCCGUCCUGAAUAAAUACGAAAAAA